AUGUUCGACAGCCAUACCAGGACGAGCUUGGCUGACCAUACAAGCGAUGGUCACGACGAAGAAAUCCCUUCCUUGAAUCAAAAGGGCGAAUUUGUUGCGAUAGGCUCAACAUCCUAUGUUGAGCGUUUGCCUGACGGCACCAUCAUCAAGACGGCCUGGCCUGGCGGCGACCGCGCCCACCAGCGACGUCGCGAAAUCGCUACAGAGGCUGAGAUAUACGAUCGACUUGGUGAACAUCCUUGCUUAGUGAAAAAGAAGGCUUGGAAUUCAGACGAAUACACCUUGGCCUUGGAAGACAUGCCCAACGGAACCCUCAAAGACUUUCUCGAGUCCCACAAAGACGUGUCUGCUGAACAGCGACAGCAAUGGGUAAUUGAGGCUGUUGAGUCCGUCAAGCUUCUGCAUAGUUUCACUGUUCUUCAUUGCGAUAUUGGGCCGCAUAAUUUCCUCCUGGAUGACCGCCUGCGUCUCAAAAUUAUCGACUUUUCUGGAUCAGCCGUCGACGGCUCCCAUACUGAGAUCAGCCCUGGCACUCGAUACGCAGCCCCUUCACUGGACCGCUCCUUGCAACGGAGCCCAACAGUCAAAAGCGACCUCUUCAGUCUAGGAUCAACGAUUUACUACAUAAUGAUGGGCAAAGCUCCAUUUCAGGAGUUCCAGAGUGAGGAGGUUCGGGAGAUGUACAGCAACCAAGAAUUUCCAGACUUGACUGGUGUACCUAAUGCAGGACUUAUCCAAGGCUGCUGGUCCCAGAAUUUCGAUUCCGUAGAUAACCUGCUUUGUUUCUUGGAUAUCUGA